AUGGAAGUUCUACAAAUUCUAUGUUUCUUUAGAUUAAACGAAAACACGUUCCAACAGCCGAAUAAUGACACAAGUUCAUCAUCAUCAGCUCAACAACCCGUAACUGUUACAAGUACUCAGACUCCAACGCCAAGCUCAGCGGAUGAUGAUAAUAACAAUUCACCGAAAAUAGUUACGGUCACAAGUACAAGCACUUUUGAAACACCAGAGGCAACAAAAGGAGCCGGUGCACAAUCUACUGCUGGUGCCAAAUCAUCAUCUAGUGGUGGAAACACUUCAAAAACAUUAAUUAUCUCUGGUUCAGUAGUUGGUGGUAUUGUUGUUUUGGCCGGAGUUGGUCUCCUCAUAUUCAGAUUCGGUAAAAGUAAACGUGAUUGGGAUGAUGAAGGCGAAGUUGUACUAGGCGGCCGUGCUGGAUACACAGGCGGUGAUCCAUUCAAGAGUACUUUGGAUCAAUAUCACAGAAAUCGUUAA